AUGAUCGGGGCCGCUGAUUUCAUUGUGUGACGCCGGGACCGACCCAGCCGAGCCCGGCCGAGCCCGGAGCCCCCGCGCCGGCCCCGCGCUGCACGUGCCAAUGUGUUGCCAACCAGCUGGACACCCGGCUUCCCAAAAGCUCACAUGCAUGUUUGCUAAGCUUGGCAAGUCAAGAUCAAAAUGAAAUUAUGAUAAAAAUCCAUGUGGAUUUCUAACUUGGAGUCUGAGGUUCAAGACAAAGAUGAAUCUGCGUUCUGUAUUUACUGUAGAACAACAAAGGAUAUUGCAGCGUUAUUAUGAAAAUGGAAUGACAAAUCAAAGUAAAAAUUGCUUUCAGCUCAUAUUACAGUGUGCACAGGAAACAAAACUGGACUUCAGUGUGGUCAGGACGUGGGUUGGCAAUAAAAGGAGGAAGAUGAGCAGCAAGAGCGCGGUGGAAUCCGGAGGGACCCCCCCGGGGACGGCCCCUGCCACUCCCUCAGUGCCCCCAGAAGUUCGGAACGUGGUCAAUAUUGCCCGAUCCCACAGCCAGCAAUCCUCCUGGACCUCUUCUAAUAAUGAUGUGAUAGUGACUGGGAUUUACAGCCCUGCCACCUCCUCGGGCAGGCAGGGAUCCACCAAACACACCAACGCUUCCAUGGCAGAGAUGCACAAAACCUCCAUCCCGAGGCUCCCGGGGAAAGGCAAUGCGGAGUUCCAGCAGCAGCACAUCCCUCUAGGACGACAAGUACCACACUGUAAAAAUGCUUCCCUAUUAGUAGGGGAAAAGACCAUUAUUUUAUCCAGGCAGACGAGCGUGCUCAAUUCUGCAAACUCCAUUUACAGCCACACGAAGAAAAGCUACGGCGGCUCCUCGGUGCAGACGGCGGAGCUGGUGUUACCUCAGAAACCCAUGAUAUGCCACAGGCCCUGCAAGGCUGAGCCCGUGGGCUGUCACAGGUCACAUAAACCGGAGCACGUGGCUCUGGCAUCGCACGUGCCCCACGGGCAGAGGGCUCACCCCAGGGACCCUGCCUGUAGCACCCAGAACCUGGAGAUCCGCGAGGUGUUCUCCCUGGCGGUGACGGACCAGCCCCAGAGGAUGGUGGCGGGAAGCACAACGCAGAAACAUUCCUCUCUGGAGGGCAGCUGCCUGUCCAUCGCCAUGGAGACGGGGGACGUGGAGGACGAGUACGCCAGGGAGGAGGAGCUGGCAUCCAUGGGAGCACAAAUCCAGAGCUACUCCAGAUACUGUGAGAGCAGCAGCUCUGCUCGAGUGGAGAACCAAAGCGCAGCCGUGUCGGGGCCGGGCCGCAGCGGGGGCUGUGGGGCACAGGGGGGCAGUGCCAGGGACCUGCCUGACAGUGUUCUCUACCACAGCAGAGAUUACCACCUCCCUGCACGGACCUCACUGCACAGCACAGCCAGCACAAUGUACAGCGGUGCUAAUGCAUCCAGGAGUACCUUUUCUCCUCAUUUUACAUCUUCAAGUCAACUGAGGCUGUCACAAAACCAAAAUAAUUACCAGAUUUCAGGAAACCUUACUGUGCCUUGGAUUACAGGUUGUUCCAGAAAAAGAGCAUUACAGGACCGCACACAAUUUAGUGACCGAGACUUAGCCACCCUAAAGAAAUACUGGGACAAUGGCAUGACCAGCCUGGGCUCAGUCUGCAGAGAGAAAAUUGAAGCUGUGGCUGCAGAAUUAAAUGUUGACUGUGAAAUAGUGCGGACUUGGAUUGGGAAUCGAAGACGGAAAUAUCGUUUAAUGGGGAUUGAGGUCCCACCCCCUAGAGGAGGUCCUGCUGAUUUCUCUGAUCAAUCUGAAUUUGUUUCUAAAUCAGCACUUAAUCCAGGAGAGGAAACUGCUACUGAAGUGGGGGAUGAUAAUGAUAGGAAUGAUGAAGUGUCAAUCUGCUUAUCUGAAGGAAGCUCACAAGAAGAGACAAAUGAAGCUCUUCAAAAUGAAGAAAUUGGUCACAAAGAUGAUGACCAGAAUCCAGUUCCCGCUGACAAUGUGAAAAUAGAAAUUAUAGAUGAUGAGGAGAGUGAUAUGAUCAGUAAUUCUGAAGUGGAUCAGAUGAGUUCUCUCUUGGAUUAUAAGAAUGAAGAGGUCAGAUUCAUUGAGAGCCAGCUGGAGAACCACAAGCAGAAGUAUUUUGAACUGCAGACGUUCACUCGGAGUUUGAUACUGGCAAUUAAAUCAGAUGAUAAAGAACAGCAGCAGGCACUGCUUUCAGACUUACCUCCUGAACUAGAAGAAAUGGAUUUCAACCACACCUCCCCAGAGCCUGAUGAUACCUCAUUCAGCUUGUCCUCUUUGUCAGAGAAAAAUGCCUCAGACAGUUUGUGAUUUAUUUUUUUUAACUGACAAACCAGAACCCCUCUGGGACAUGCAGGUUUCAGGAGAAGGGCAUUUUGCUCUCCAGUGUUUCCUCAGCCCAAAAAAAGCAAGUCCAAGGUGAAGGAGCCUGUCCUGAAUGAUGGCUGGGGCACAGCCCAGCUGCAGUUUGCACUGGCAAGGAAUUUGCAAUGGUGGUUUUGCUAAAGGAAAGAACUGGGUGAGAGAAGGUUUCACUUGUAGCAGUUUGGCCUUGGCUGGGAGAACUCCUGACUCUCCAGAGUAACUCUGGCUCUGUAGCAAAGUCUUUCUGAGCAGGGAUUUCUGAGUGGAAAGCAAAUCCUUCAGCCUCACGUGCUCACCAGGCCUGUUUAUUAUAUUUUUCCCCAUUUUUACUCAGGUAGGUGGACUAAAAAUUGGGGUUCCAAAUAAAAUAACGGGCUUUCUCUGAGUUGUGCUUGAACCCUUUGGAAAACCUGAAAUUAAACUAAAGCGUUUUUCGUUCUCUGACUUGAGAUUGUUGAAUCUUCCAUUUUCUGACCAAAAUAGCUGAAAAAACCUUGAAAGGCUAACUCAGAAAAUUGAAUUAUCACCAGUAAAUUAUUAAUGUGAAGAAGCAGUGCUAAGUGUUGGAAGAAAUGAGAUGGAAAUGGGAGCCCUUUUACCUGCAGGGCAUGACUUCCUGAUACAGUAGCAAUGGGAUUGGAUGUUUACAUUCUUUAGGGUUUUAUGAUUGUAGUCACAGUUUUGAUUUGUCAAAGCCUGAAUGCUGAAGUUCUGCUUAUUAUUUUAAGUAUGGGUUGUGUAUUUUUCCACCAACUUUGCUCCAUUUUACCAAGCCAGUCAGAAUUCCAGAGCUGUCUUUUCAUCCUGAAAGGUUUUCCAGCAUUUGGAACUCCAGGAUGAUCCUGGGUGAUGCUGUAGCUGCCUGCCCAUGGCAUUGAUGCUCUAAUUGGAAUCUGAAUCCCUCAGCAAGAAUUUUUCACACAAUCAGGUGAAAAAACUGAUCUUUCCAUUUUAUGCCAAAUAACAGUUGACUCUGGGGAAUCCUUAUUCAUCCAGGACAGCAAGUAAUCCCCUUAAUUUCAGUGAGAGGUCCAAGGUGUAGCUCAGAGAAUCCAGAGUGUUGGGGAAAUAACUCCUUUUCCCCCCCCCAGUACUGCUGUUAACUCAGAUUUUAGGGUUUUCUCAGUCUGAUCUGUUCUUCCCUAAUCACUUUUACAACUCUUUUUGUUUAGUGCCAGUAGUGAGCUCUGUUCUUUCAGGUUUUUUCAGGUUUUUUCUGUCUCUCUUGUCGUUGGGCAUGAGGAGCUUUUAGCAAUACUGUUAAAUACCAGCUGCAUAAAGGGUAGGGACAGUUUUAAAAGGUGUUUUAAAAACCAAGUUGCACAGUUCUGACCAGUGUAUGAUUCUGUUAGUUCCCAACAGACCUCUGACCACAUACUCUGCAGAGCAACCCCAGAAUUCCAAACUGCUGGGCCUGGAUGUGAGUGGAGGCAUUAAAACUGGGAGUGGGAUCCCAGGAGAGAGGGAAGGCCCCGUGUGACCAGGAGGUGAGGGGUGGAAUGUCCCAUCCUGGCUGGCAGACACGUCCUUGUGGCCUCACCCCCAGGAGGAGCAGAGUUUGCCACACUGUGCAAGUGCCCCCAGUCUAAAAUGAAGGUUUGUGAGCAGAGAUCACAAUGCUGUCCUUCCCAUGGAAGACACAGCUCAGCUGGAAUUCUGCUGGCUCUGAAAAAGCUCAUUUAUAAAGGGUUUUCUAUCCCAGGCUGACAAUGGUUUCUAUUGCUGUCCUCUCCAGACAGGAAAUCAGGGCCCCUGACAACGAAGCCUCUUGUUUUCUGUGUUCUAGUACUGUCAUUUGCCACUGUUUGGACCCUGUUUUCCUGCUGCUUCUCUGAAAUUCCCAUGACAAAAGGCAGGAUACUCUUAAUGGGAGUUCUCGAUUUCAUGGUCAAUUAAGUCAUCCACCUUUCUGCAAGAAAAGCUCCCACUGAUGAUUCCUAUUUUGCUGUCUUGUUUCUAUUCCAUCUCCAAACAAAUGGAAGGAAUGAAUUUUGAAUGAACUGCUGCAAUUACGUCAGUCCCUUUGCUUUAGGAAGCUGGACUCCUCUUGGAUGUUCAGCUGAAAGGAGCUGCAGUCAACACCCACCCAUCCCUGGGGGAAUGUUGUUCUUUGGUCCUUUCUCCUGUAGGGAGACACCAAAAACCCAACGAGGCAGUGGUGCUUCCACAGCUGAGACACCUGACAACUUCACAGGAUAUUCAGGCAGGAAGAGUGUGAAUUAUAUCCCUGAUAACAGAAUGCUGUGGAGGAAAAUACUGUACAGCUCUUUGGCUGUUUUUUUUUCACUAUUAGUGCAUAUUUCCAAAUUUUUAAUGACAUUUAAAUUGCCAUUAGUGGUAUUUUAAGUGUUGAUGGAAAGCAGUGGGGUGGCUCUGUGGGCCCUUGGCCUGGCAGGAUUUGGGGUCUGUAGGACGAUAAUGAGAGCCCACAUUAAGGGCUAAUUUAUCAUUCCAUAGACUUUCCAUAACAAAUAAAGCUUUUUAGGGUGACAGAAAUCAGCCUCAUUUCCAUUUCAAUGAUUUGACUAAUUUGAGUAACCUCUCCAGCAGAAGGGCCACGUGUGGAUGUUUUACCACCCUGUGAAAUCUCUCAUUUCUUUGUCCAUGAACAGUGACUUCCCCGGUGUGUUUAUCCCUGGUGCAUCCAUGGGAACGUCAGUGCUGACGUGUGUGUGUCUGGAGCAGCCCAGGUGGGCAGAGGCAGCUCGGAACAGACGCUGGGCAGAGACAGGCCGGGCUCUCCUCGGGGAGCAGAGGCUUUGAUGUGACAAGUUUGCUCCUGGUUCAAAACCUGUUUCCUGCAGCUCUGCCUCCUUCCCUUUCCCUGCUGCUGUCACAUCUAGAGCCUGACAGGAGUGAGUAAUAGUAAGUAACAGGUAAAUUUGGGGCAGAUUUAAGGUACCCAAGCAGCUGUACAUACAAGUGUCAGUUCUCUGCGGUGCUCGGUCCUCAAGGUUUAAUCUUUCCCAGGAUUUCUUUUCACUAAGGCAAUAAAAAGUCUGAGAUAAGAAGCAGAUCCUUGGCUUUGCAGCCCUUUGAGUGAGGGAAGGAAUGUACUGGUUCUGUCUUCACCUUAAACUGGGAAGACCUUUACCAAGUCCAUUCUCCAGACAGAGACAGCUGUGUCUGCUGUGCUCAUCCAGGUGAACAGAACAAAUCCACACCACCAUGGGUAUCCUGACUGUGGAAAUAGGAAUUACUGCAAUUUUGACAAAUGGAUCCUCUUUCCCACUUGGGAUCUCUUGCACUACUGUAUUCCUGACAUUGAGAACAAACUCCUGCACAUUACUGACCUUCCCUCAGUGCUCCAGGCAGAGCCAACUGUCGGUCUCAGGGUCCUGGGAGUGUAAGGGAGGAUAACAAUGUGGAAGGAAGGACAGUAAUAUGGAAAGAAGGACAAUAAUAUGGAAGGAAGGACAAUAAUAUGCAUUAAGGGAAUAGCACAGCAUACCUGAAACAGGAAGAAUCCAUACCUUGUUCCAACCCAAAGCUUGCUGUCCUCCCUCCAGCCCCUGCCCCGCUCCCCCAGGCUGCUCUGAAGGACUGGCACCACUGGCAGGGCCAAAUCCUGCCUUUUCUGUCCCAAAUCAUCACAAGUGAGUGAGUUGUUUGGUUGUGAGGUCCCUGAGCAAAGCUAGGGGCUGGUCAGUGAGAAAACUCCAUCUGGUUCCCACAGAAAACAAGCUGGUUUGUGGUGGAUGAUUUCCCUACUCCAGUAAAUUUUAGCCCAUUGGCCAAAUGGGAAAUCUGAAAAGUUAUGAGCAAAAAAAAAAAAGGAUAAGCAAUGCUACAAAGUUAGUGUUUUCCAUGGCACAGUAGGGUUUUAGUCUGAAUAUUCAUUUCUCUAAAAAGCAGCAGCUGCUUUGGUCAGAAGACAGAUGGGACAGAACCUUGGGCUUGUGGUGGUGGUUCUUUUUCAACAAAUGAGCAAACCCUCUUGGAUAAAAGAGGUGCUUAAGAAUGUUCCUGUAAGGAAAACAGGGCUGUGCUUUGGUUCUGGGAACAUUUUCCUGUGUUACUGAAGGAAGUCAGUAAUUCUUUUCCAGCUCUGUAUUACAUUUUACACACACUACCUCUGACACCACCCUUGAACCCACACAGAAAAUGUGAACUUAAGCUUUUUUUUUUAACCUUUUCUAGGCAAUAAAUUAUUUCCAACAUGCAUCCUUCGGUUCUCUGCUUGGUUUUAGUUGAGUGUGAGACAUUCACUUGGUUUAUUUUAGUGCUGUUUUUCUGUAUUUGUCUUAAACACAAUCUAUGGACAAGAAAAUACUGAAGGUGGGAUAUUAGGGAGAAAAGAUCAGCAGAUGUUAAGCAAGUGUUCAGCAAAAAUGAAUCAGUAGCAGGCUAAAUGUAGAUUUAGACCAUGUUUGUAGUUAAGUUUCAUCUUAAAAGAGUCCUUUUGAUCUUCCCCCUCACAUUUAUCUCCCAGAAAUAGUAGGGGAAGGUUGUCAGGAUGGACGAGGGAUGGGAGGGGAUGAGGCACGAGGAGGCAGAAAUGAAGGGCCUGGGGUUUAGGCAAGAAAAUUGAAGUAAACUAGAAAAUUUAAACUAAAGCUUCUGCUUUAGCUGCAAAUUCUGUGAAUUACAGCUCAAAAAGUCAUGGGCAAAUCCACUGAGUUGUGUUGGGGGAAAAUUGUCUUCUCCAAUGGGAAUUUUAUAAUUUCUGUGGUUAUUUCUGGAAUUACUGAGUGUAUGUGGAUACACUGAUGCAGAUUUAUCAUGUGCACAGAUAUACUGAACUUGAUCAUAUUAACAUCUACAAAGGUAUUUUAACUUGAAAUAUUAAUGUGAUUCUUCUAAAAUAUAUUUGAUUUGCUCUUAUUUUUAUGUCUUACUAUGUAUGGAUGACAUAGUUCUGAAAAAUCAGUCAAAUACAUCCAUGAAAAUGUGGUUUAUUGUUCAUCUCCUUUAAAAUCAGUAACUUUUAGGCUUGGAAAUUUAUGAAAAUGCCCAUAAUAAUGACAUUUAUAAGUGAACUUGGCAAAUAAACAAACUGCUGUAUUUAUGAAGAGAUAAUGAAUCUUCUGCCAUGACAAUUCCUGCUUUAUUUUCACUUAUAGGUAUCAGUUUGAUUUUUUUUAAAAACCAACUAUUCUGAAAGUUUAAAUAUUAUUGUAAAACUUGGAUGUUUUCCUUAGCCUACAAAACAAUUGAUGAUUUUAAAACUUCUGUCAUUUCUUUCUGGGCCAAUCCCUUAAGCUUUGUGUAUUCCUGAGUUUCUCUGUGAAAAUCUCUAUUUAUAUUGCAUUUUUAUGAUUUGUAUCAGUAUGUGUAGCAAAGAAACUACUACAAACCUUCAACUGAAGUACCUCCACUAUGGUCCAGGACACCAGAUCUGGGUGUUUGAGUGCUGGAUGCCCAGAGAAGGGGUCCAGAUGUUUGUAUUGCUUUGGGUUCUGUGUAAAUAAGGGUAUUUAUAAUCUUGGAUUCCCAGAGUCACCAUGAGAAAUGCUUCUUUCCUGCUUUAGGAGCCUGCUCAGCUAUUUUUAUAUAAAAACGUUGGUCUUCGCCUUAAUUUUUUUUGGUGAAAAGUUGUGCCAUAGAUAUUUUAACUUAUCCACAGAUACUUUACAGAGUUUGCUUUGACUUCUCUUUACUUAAUUAUUUUUUCCUCCGAUUGUUUGAAGGAUUGUUUGAAUCCUCCAAAUGCAUCUCAAGGUUUGUUUGCUUUCUUACUUUUAUUUUUGUUUUUUUUUUCAAGUUUUGGAGGAUCCUUUCAUCUGCAUGCUUUGGUAGGUCGAGUUUUUCCUCUGUAGUUUAUUGUUUAUAGUUUAGACAAACCUUUUCUUGAACAAAAAGCCUGAAGUAAUGCUUGUACAAAUGUAUUUAGGGUGGCCCAGAUGGUCAGAGAAAAGGGCUAUUUAGCGUUGGCAAAUUUGUCUACCAGACUCAAGGAUAUUUUUCUACGUCUGUCAAGUUUGGGACUAUGGAGAAAUGAAAUAAAGGUGAACUAACUCCUUUUCCUAUAUGAA